AUGGCUAAGGCCAAUGGCUCGAUGUCUUCGUUCCUGAUGUCGAGAAAGCUGGUGGCUUCACCAUCACAUCGUCGCCCCGAGAAGCUCUACCGCGAGCAGACCCCGAACACAAGCCCUACUUUGAGUUGGCGAUCCAGAGAAGCCCAGAUAAUCCGCCCGCAGCAUGGUUAUGGCAGCCGGAAGAAGAUAUACAGGGGAAGGAAAUCAAGGUGCGCGUGGGCGGCAGCUUUGUCUUCCCCCCACCAGGCUUGGACAUAA